AAAAUUAAUUAUUCAUUUUGCUUUUUUUAACAUACAUUUGUAAACUACAGAGGUUAAAAUAAUUUAUUUAUUCAGGUGCAUUGGAAAUAGACGGGUUUUAUUAGUACAUCCUCCGAACUAAUUUAUGUCGUGAUUUACAAUCUAUUGGCACCCAUUUACAUUUGUAUAUUCAAGUACGUUAAACAGAUCAUUUCAAACUAUAUUCGUAAAUAAACCUGCCGUCAAAAUGGACAAGAUAAAAAACGGGCCUAUAAGUGCAUAUUAUAAAGAUAAAAACAUUUUUAUAACGGGAGGGACAGGAUUUAUUGGAAAAGCCCUAAUAGAGAAACUAUUACGUAGUUGUCCAGGUGUGGGAAAUAUUUAUAUACUACUGAGAUCCAAAAAAGGGAUGAAUUUAGAAGAAAGAUGCCAAAAACUAUUUUCUAACCCGAUUUUUGACAAUUUGAAAAAUAGUAAUUCGGACGUAUUCUAUAAAGUUAUACCUGUUAGAGGCAAUGUUGCUGAGGCAAAUUUAGGUUUAUCCAGUUCUGAUAGGCAAAUUUUAAUAGAGAAAGUUAACGUAAUAUUUCAUGCAGCUGCUUCGGUAAGAUUUGAUGAUUUUAUCAAGGAUGCAAUAUUGACAAACCUACGAAGUGCACGAGACAUGGCCUUGUUAUCAUUGGAAAUGAAAAAUAUUGAAGUAUUCGUUCAUGUUUCUACAGCGUAUUGCAGCAUCACUGAAAAUAAGACUGUUCCCGAGAAAUUGCUUCCAGCUAGAGGCAACUGGAAAAAAGCUAUAUAUCUUGCCGAAAACGGAGAAGAAAAUAUAUUAAACACCUUCUCACAUAAAUUUAUUGGAGACUUUCCUAAUACUUACACUUAUACUAAACACUUAGCGGAGCAUUGCAUUAAUGAUCUACUAACUUCUAAGAUACCUACAGUAAUUGUAAGGCCCACUAUUGUUGUUGCUGCAAUAAAUGAACCACUAAGAGGUUGGAUAGACAAUUGGAACGGUAUCAACGGAUUAUGUGUUGGGGCAGGCUUUGGCGUUUUCAGAAUAGGUUUGGGAGAUCCUAAUAUCGGAUCAGAUUGCACACCAGUAGAUAAUGUUGUUAAAGUAUUGAUUUUAUCUGCUUGGAAUAGAGCCCAACGGAAAUCACUUGGAACUGUUGAAAUAAUGCAAUCAAGCGCUUACAACCAGAAGAAGUACAGUAUAAAGCAUUUUACAAAAAUAGCCAUGGACGCAGGUUAUGAAGUCCCUCUGGAUGUAAAAAUGUGGUAUCCAAAUAUAACAUUUACACAAUGUUGGACUUACUAUUAUAUUAAUGCAAUUUUAAUUCAUUUUAUGCCAGCAGUAUUACUUGAUUUAUUCCUAAAACUCUUUGGACACAAACCAUUCUUAUUCAAAAUACAGAGAAAAGUUUUUGUAUCAAAUAUCGCACUGAAUUACUUUAUGACUCAUGACUGGGAUUUCCUGAAUGAUAAUGCUAUGAAAUUAUUUAAUGAUGAUAUGCUAGGUUCAGAAAAGGAAGAGUUUAAGUUCCACAUGGUUAAAAAUGACAAGGAAACAUACGAUUACAUAAAGGACUCCUUUAGAACGACCAGAUGGGUUUUGUUGAAUAUGAGUAAAGAGAUUAAACCUAGAACAAUGGCAUUGAACAAAGGGCUUUAUUAUCUGGAUAAAUUAUGUAAAGGACUGUUCUACUUAGCCGUUAUUUGGUUUUUAUUUUUCAAACUUAAUAUCAUAACAAUUUGUUGGGAAUCCACUUUGAAGUACUGGAAGAAACUGUGAUAUCAAGAGUAAAUACUAUAUGCCGCUCUUGCAUGUAACUUGGUUAUUGUUAUUACGAUACUUUUAUAUAUGUUUAUUAGUUCAUGUUACAUCUUUUAUUACAAAUAAAAUAUAAA